UGUCAUCCUAGACUUUUAUUGUUAUGAGAGGGUGUGAAUCUUACAAAUCUUAAAUUCUAAAAGAAAAUUAUAAUAAAUUAUUACACACCAGUAAAGAAUUCAAUAUGCAAAGCAAUAUAGGUUCAAGUUUAAAUGACCCUGAAGUGCCCUUUCCAAAUAAGUAUGUCUAUAUUAAACAAAAUUUUAUUCUUGAUGGUGGACAACAACCAUUACCAUCAAAAGUGUUAGUUAACCCACAUUUUAGCAGAAAAGUAUUUGUUAAUCCCAAUUAUAAACCAAACAAUAUGCCAGCUUCUGUACCAGGAAAGAUACAUAUCAACCCCCACAUGGCCAACAUGAGCAUGCACAAAGAAAAUAUUUGCAAUAAAAUUCAUGUAAAUCCAAAAAUGAUAAACAGCGUUGGAGCUCCAUCAAAAUUAGAACCGAUCAAACAGCCAAUCACAUAUUCUUCUAAAACUAAGUUGGUAAGAAAACCACUUAAAGAACAACCAAGUCCUUUAUCUAAACGAACUAGACGAUUAUCUGUUUAUUCAAAAUUAAAAUUGUAAAGUCUUCAACACUAAGUAAGCCAGGCGAAAUGAAGAUAAAGAGUAAACUACUGUUUAAUACCAAGUACAAAUUAAAAAGAAUAAAUACAAGCAAGACUGAUAAACAUUUAAUUCCACAAAGUCUUGAACUAAAUAAGUACAAACUAGAUAGGAGAACAAGAUCAGUCAGUAGUUCCAGAUCUAGAUUUGUUUUUGUUAACAGAUUUCUUAGUAUUAGUGAUAUAGCUAAAAAAGUACCUUUGAGAACAAAAUGUCUAGUCAAUAUAUCAGGAAUUGUCUAUAAAAAAUCACCAAAUAAAUUACAGCGAACAUCAUCAUUACUUAAAGACAAAAGGAAACAAAUAAAAGAUAGUAAUGCUUUAAAGAGGAAUAAGUUUAAACUUGUCAGACAACCAGAAAACAAAUUAGCUUUGGAAAAGAAGAAUUCUAGGAUUACUUAUAGAUACUCUAGUGGGAAGAAUAUUUCAAUAGAAAAGUUAAAGAAGUGCAACAUCCCUUGUCCUUAUUAUAGAAAAUUUGGAAAAUGUAAAGGAAAAGAACUGGGAAAAUGUCCCAGGAAGCAUGAUCCUGAUCAAAUUGCACUGUGUACCAAGUUUCUGCAGGGUGCAUGUAUUGAUCCAAAAUGUUUGCUCUCCCAUAAUGUAUCACCAGAAAAGAUGCCUACAUGCAAGUACUACCUGGAAGGAUUGUGUUCCAAAGACUGUUGUCCAUACCUACAUGUAAAAAUAAGCCCUAAAGCUGACAUUUGCAGAGAUUUCUUGGAAGGAUUUUGUAAAAAGGCAUCACAGUGUGACAAACGUCACCAGUUUUUGUGUCCAGAUUUUGAGAAGAAAGGCACUUGCCAGAAGCCGAGAUGUUCCUAUCCACAUGGUAGAAUGGUAAGAAAAUAUUCUGUUUUCAAUAAGAAUAAAUUUGCCAAGAAAUCUUCCAAACAUAUUAAUGAAAAUGCCACAACAUCUAAAGAUCGAUCAGUAGCAUUAGCUAAUAAAAAUGAAGAAAAGACUGAGAUAGAAUCAGUAGUUAAUACCAGAUAUUAUUCAGAUAAAAACAAAGAAAAUGUACAAAAGUGUGAAAAUUCUGAAUCUUCUGUUGAAGUCGAUUCAAAUCAUCCAAUUGGUUUUAAAACAAGACCGACAUUGGGCGAGUUACCUUCAUUUAUAUCAUUUGGAGAUUUGUGAUGAAUAUUUCUUGGCAAUACUUGUAGUUUCCUAAUUUUAUUAAUUUUAUAAAAAAAAUGUAUUUUUGAUUAAUAAAUAAAGACAAUAUUUU